AUGGAAUUCUCCUGGAAAGCUAGCUUGGUAAAAUUGGCUGGCUCCACUGAGGUAGCAACUCAUCAGGUUUCGUAUAACCAAUUUAUUGCCUUGUUGCGCGAGGGAAAAGUCAGAGAUGUGUAUCACUUCUCUGCGGUCAUGGCGGAGGGAAAUAACACAGGGACUGAUCUGGCAUUAGUUGAGUCAACACUCCCUGCUGUUGGUAAAGAAAAAAUUGAAUACUUAGGAAAUUUGGUGUCUGCAAAUGGUGUCCAAGCCGACCCUACCAAGAUAUCCGCCAUGUUGGAGUGGCCUACACCCACUUCACUUAAGAAACUAAGAGGGUUCCUCGGCCUUACAAGUUAUUAUAGAAGGUUUGUCUCUCACUAUGCCUCAAUUGCGUCACUAUUAACAGAGCUCUUGAAAAAGGAUAAUUUUCAUUGGAUAGUUGUUGCCGCUUUUAAAAACUCAAGAAAGCCAUGA